AUGUCUCACUGCAAGUACGAGCACCCCCGUCACGGCUCGCUUGGUUUCCUGCCCCGCAAGCGUGCUGCGAGCCACCGCGGCAAGGUUAAGUCGUUCCCGAAGGACGACCCCAAGAAGCCAGUCCACCUGACUGCCUUCAUGGGUUACAAGGCUGGUAUGACUCACAUCGUUCGUGACCUCGACCGUCCCGGUUCGAAGCUGCACAAGCGCGAGAUCGUUGAGGCUACUACGAUCAUCGAGACCCCGCCUAUGGUGGUUGUCGGUGUGGUUGGUUACGUCGAGACCCCCCGUGGCCUCCGCUCGCUCACCACUGUCUGGGCCGAGCACCUCUCGGAUGAGGUUAAGCGCCGCUUCUACAAGAACUGGUACCGCAGCAAGAAGAAGGCUUUCACCAAGUACGCUAAGAAGCACUCGGAGAACGGCGGUCAGUCGAUCACCCGUGAGCUCGAGCGUAUCCGCAAGUACUGCACUGUUGUCCGUGUCCUUGCGCACACCCAGCUGCGCAACACGAGCCUGAAGCAGAAGAAGGCCCACCUUAUGGAGAUCCAGGUCAACGGUGGCUCGGUCUCGGAGAAGGUGGACUUUGCCCACGGUCUCUUUGAGAAGACUGUGGAUGUUGGCAGCCUGUUCACGCAGGACGAGAACGUCGACAUUAUUGGUGUUACCAAGGGUAAGGGUUACGAGGGUGUGACUGCCCGUUGGGGUACCAAGAAGCUGCCGCGCAAGACCCACAAGGGUCUCCGCAAGGUCGCCUGUAUCGGUGCCUGGCACCCGGCCAACGUUAUGUUCACGGUGGCUCGCUCGGGUCAGGAUGGUUACCACCACCGUACUGAGUUGAACAAGAAGAUCUACCGCAUUGGUAACGGUGCUGACAAGGCCUCGGCCUCGACGGAGUUUGACACGACGGAGAAGUCGAUCACCCCGAUGGGUGGCUUCCCGCACUACGGUGUUGUGAAGAACGACUUUAUCAUGAUCAAGGGUUGCUGCCCGGGUGUGAAGAAGCGUGUUCUUACCAUCCGUAAGUCGCACCAGAUCCACACCUCGCGCCGUGACCUUGAGAAGGUUACGCUCAAGUUCAUUGACACCUCGUCCAAGUUUGGCCACGGUAACUUCCAGACCGCUGCUGAGCGUGAGGCGUUCGAGGGCCCGAAGAAGCCUCCGGUGGUGUACUACUAA